CAUCUUUGCAAUGGUCGUUACCGACUUCGCACAGGAAAAUAUAGCCGCAGUUGCUCAACAUGGAAUCUUCGCUCAGCUAGAAAAUUGCUAAAGCGCCGGAAAAGUCGGGCUCGAAUCAGUUACGCCGCGGUUUCCGCCGGUGACCGAACUCCGUCCUUGGUAUAUAACGCAGCAGACUUGGGGAGAAGAACGACAGUCUUCAAUUUCCACUAUGCCAUUCAAUUGUUCAUAAUCGCAAUGUUGCGCUGGGGGAUCUUAGGGACGAGCUUUAUCUCCCAUACAAUGGUGACGGCCAUUGAGAGGAGUCGGAGUUCCUGCAUCACGGCUGUUUUUGGCAGAGACGAGGCGCGCUUGAACGCAUUUGCAGACAAGUACAAUAUUGCGAAAAGAUUUAAUUCUAUUCAAACUCUUCUUGACGAUGUCGAGGUUGAUGUCAUUUACGUCGGUCUGCCAAGCCAUUUGCACGCCGAGGCAGUGAUUGCAGCUGCGAAGCGGGGCAAGGCGAUUUUGUCAGAGAAGUCCCUAGCGACAACUAUGUCCGAGUCGAACGCCAUGAUCGAAGCCGUACGGCAAGCCGACAUAUUCUUCUUAGAGGGACUGAUGUAUCUGUGCCACCCACUGAUGGUCAAACUGGCUGAGAUCAUUAGGUCCGGCGAAUUGGGCCAGAUCCGUUCCAUCUCAGGACAUUACGCCGCCGACAUUGGAAAGAAAGCCAAUCCCCUAGGCAUGGGCACUAUUUACAAUCUGGGGUGUUAUCCAGUAUCGCUGGUACACUUCAUCAGUGAGACGGCCUUCGGAGGAGACGUAUUCAAAGUGCGCCGAGUUCAUGCAACUGGUAACGUGAUCAGAGAUGGCACAGAUCGCGUGCAAGACGCCGCACUUGCCAUUUGGUUCGGGAAUGGCGUCCUUGCUACCAUUCAAUCAUCGGACAGUUUCGGUAACGACUUUGGGUUCGUCAUCAAUGGCGAAAAAGCGUCGUUGCGCUUCAAGAGCAAUCCUUGGCUGCCUUCAGGAGGUGAAAAUGUUAUUGAGAUCAAGCAAUACGGUGGUGCUACCAAGCAGGUUGUCGUAAAUGCCCAGCAUGAUGCAUUUGACUGCCAAGUGCGAACGGUUGAGGAUUGUGUCAGCGCUGGGCUCAAACAGGCGCCACGUCCCUCGCCAAACUGGACGCAUUCGCUAGAGAUCAUGAGCUUGUUGACGGAGUGGGAAGAGCACAUUAUGAGGGCGUCAAUUUGAGGACUUGCUGCCUUGGGCUCCGGCACGAAGCCGAAGCACUUGGGACUAGGAACAUCCGCAAACGUAUCGCCAACAAACUUAAUAUGGAAGAUCGAAAGGGUGAAUGCUCAGAAAAUUCCCCUUUAUAUUCGGUCAGUCAAUUCUAACAAAUGGCAGAAGAUUUUAUGGAGGCCUAGUGGGCCUAUUCGGUUCUAAAGUAUAUGCUCUAUUCGUUUAAGAUUCAAAGAUGGAAAACAGGUCUACAAAUUGUUCGAGCACUCGCAGGUAGUUCAAGUUAUCGGCAUGCAGUUCGAGGACGAAUAUCAUGACAAAUGAGCGAAAGUUUUCGAUGGCAAGCCCUGGCCUACGCUUAUAUAUACAAAUGGCUUGACCAAGCUGGCGGUGCAGUCACGUGUUCAAAGUGUCUUCCAAAUACUCUGUUCUGCCCCCCAUCGUAGAUAGUUUCGAUCAUGCCCAUUGUUAAGACAACUUUUUAUUCGAAUAACG